AUGGGAGUGAAGGGGUUAAUGUUGCAGGCUCACAGCCGCAGGGUUUCGGGUUCGAUCCUGAGAUUCACUUCCACACGAAUGAAAUAUGUUUCUUCAGUAUACAGGAAUUCAUCUCUUACACCAUCCUCUACUGCACCGCCCCCACUACUCCACCCUCUAUUGCACCACCUCCCCUACACCACCCCCCACUACACCAUCCUCUACUGGACCACCCCCACCACACCACCCCCCACUACACCAUCCUCUACUGGACCACCCCCACCACACCACCCCACCCCCCACUACACCAUCCUCUACUGGACCACCCCCACCACACCACCCCCCACUACACCAUCCUCUACUGGACCACCCCCACCACACCACCCCCCACUACACCAUCCUCUACUGGACCACCCCCACCACACCACCCCCCACUACACCAUCCUCUACUGGACCACCCCCACCACACCACCCCCCACUACACCAUCCUCUACUGGACCACCACCACCACACCACCACACCACCCCCCACUACACCAUCCUCUACUGGACCACCCCCACCACACCACCCCCCACUACACCAUCCUCUACUGGACCACCCCCACCACACCACCCCCCACUACACCAUCCUCUACUGGACCACCCCCACCACACCACCCCCCACUACACCAUCCUCUACUGGACCACCCCCACCACACCACCCCCCACUAUUCCACCCUCUAUUGCACCUUCCCCACUACUCCACCCCCCACUACACCACCCUCCACUACUCCACUACUCCACCCUUCACUACUCCACUACACCACGGAUAAACUCAUUAAGCAGUUUAACACUAGGGCAAUAG